GGUCUUGUUCCUCCCAACCUUUGCCCACCAAAAUGCUCGCCAUGCUCCCCGCCGCGUUCACCCUCCUCGCCGCGCUCGCCUCGGCGUCACCCAUCGAGCGCCGCACGACGCCCGACCAGCUCAUCGCUGGCUUCACCUCCUCGCCGAUGCAGUUCAACUACCCGCCCCCUCGUGCCGGCUUCAACGCUUCCACUGCCGCCUUUGACGCGUGCGGCGGUAUCGCCCCCGGCCCGCGCAGCAGCUUCCCCCUCUCCGGCGGCUCCGUGUCCAUCCAAAGCCUUAGCGUUGCUGCCAACGUCCAGGUCAUGUAUGUCAAGAACGCCAACCCCACCGAGUUCCACCAGUUCAGCAGCUACGCCCCGACCAUCCUCGACAUGAGCCCUGGUGGCUUCUGCGGUGCCGCGCCCGACUUUGGCACCCUCGGCAUGGCCGCCGGCGACGACGUCACCCUCAUGCUCUUCUACCAGAUGUACGGCAGCGAGACGUACUACUACCAGUGUGCGGAUCUGUCGCUUGUCGCGGCGGGCUCGUACAGCAAGCCCAGCUUUGCGUGCUCCAACUCGUCGGCCCUGCUCACGUUCGAGGAGUCGGGCAAGAACCUCGACGGGCAGAGCGUGGCAGUGUUUGCGGCCAGUGCCACUGGUGGCGCUUCGGCCGCGGCUGCGACCGUGACCGUCAAGGCCAAGUCGGACAAGCUGUCGACGGUCGCUGGUGGUGGCAUCGGCGCUGCGGUUGGUGUGGCCUUCACCGCCGCCGUGUUCGCUCUUGCGUCCAUCCUCGGCUUUGUCCACUUUGGCAAGCGCCGUGUCGCGCUCAACGACGCCGCGUCGAUCCACAGUGCUUCUACGGGCAGGACUGAUCUCAAGGCCGAGGUUCGCACCGAGGUCCGCUCCAGGCAGUAGAGUGCGGCACCACCUCCCUCCAUACCGAAUAAUACUUCCCCAAAAGAAUGAAUCCCCGUUUGCUUGA